AUGGGCCAGUCCAAUUCAUGGGCACUCGCCAGCGAUACCAUUAAGGGGGAACAAUACCGCGCCUACCACGCGGCUCGCCAGAAUAUCGUGCAUCGUGCCUUUCAGAAAUGUGUCGCACCUUCAAGCACGGAGGUAAGCGAUUUUAACCUCACCAAGGAUGAGCAGACAUGUGUGGAGGAGUUUGCGCUCCUUUACGCCGCAUUUGCCAAGAAUGGCUUUGCUCAGUUGAGUCAACUGUAUGAGCAGCAUCAGCGGGAAAUGUAUGAAAAGGCGCGGUUGGAAAUGAUGGCGCAGCAGGCACGAAGAGAAUUGAGGCACUAA